AACGCACGUAGCGAGGGCUGGGGCCGUCCUUUCCCCGGCGCGCCGGCGCAGGCCUGGGGUUUAUAAAAGGGCUGAUGGGCUCCCUCUGUCGCCCAGUCGCACCGCCAGCAGGCAGAGGGUAGCUGGGAGGUAGCCACCGGAGCGCAGGCGACGGGACCCGACAGGACCAACCGGACCCGAGCUGUCGCCGCCCUCACGCACGGCCCGCUGUCCAGGUGUGUGAACCCAUGAAGUCUUCCAAGAUGAUCUGGUGUGUUUUAAUGAUAGGGAUUCUACUUCCUCAGUCUUCAGCCCAUCCAGGCUUCUUUACUUCAAUUGGUCAGAUGACUGAUUUGAUCCAUACUGAAAAAGAUCUGGUGACAUCACUAAAGGAUUACAUUAAAGCAGAAGAGGACAAGUUAGAACAGAUAAAAAAAUGGGCAGAGAAGUUAGACCGACUAACCAGUACGGCAACCAAAGACCCAGAAGGGUUUGUUGGACAUCCUGUAAAUGCAUUCAAAUUAAUGAAGCGUCUGAACACUGAAUGGAGUGAGUUGGAGAAUCUGAUCCUCAAAGAUAUGUCAGAUGGCUUUAUCUCUAACCUGACCAUUCAGAGGCAGUACUUCCCUAAUGACGAAGAUCAGGUUGGGGCAGCUAAAGCUCUGUUUCGUCUGCAAGACACCUACAAUCUGGACACAGACACCAUCUCAAAGGGUAAUCUUCCAGGAGUGAUACACAAGUCUUUCCUAACGGCCGAGGACUGCUUUGAGUUGGGCAAAGUGGCCUAUACAGAAGCAGAUUAUUACCACACGGAACUGUGGAUGGAGCAAGCACUAAUGCAGCUGGAGGAAGGCGAGGUUUCCACCAUAGACAAAGUCUCUGUUCUAGACUAUUUGAGCUAUGCAGUGUACCAGCAGGGAGACCUGGAUAAGGCACUUUUGCUCACAAAGAAGCUUCUUGAACUAGAUCCUGAACAUCAGAGAGCUAAUGGUAACUUAAGAUAUUUUGAGUACAUAAUGACUAAAGAAAAAGAUACCAAUAAAUCUGCUUCAGGUGACCAGUCUGAUCAGAAAAGUACACCAAAGAAAAAAGGGAUUGCUGUGGAUUACCUGCCAGAGAGACAGAAGUACGAAAUGCUGUGCCGUGGGGAGGGUAUCAAAAUGACACCUCGGAGACAAAAAAAGCUGUUCUGCCGCUACCAUGAUGGAAACCGAAAUCCUAAAUUUAUUCUGGCUCCAGCCAAACAGGAGGAUGAGUGGGACAAGCCGCGUAUUAUUCGUUUCCAUGAUAUUAUUUCUGAUGCAGAAAUUGAGGUUGUCAAAGACUUAGCAAAACCAAGGCUGAGCCGAGCUACAGUACAUGACCCUGAGACGGGGAAAUUGACCACAGCACAGUACAGAGUAUCUAAGAGUGCUUGGCUGUCUGGCUAUGAGGACCCUGUGGUAUCUAGAAUUAAUAUGAGAAUACAGGAUCUCACCGGACUAGAUGUUUCCACAGCAGAGGAAUUACAGGUAGCAAAUUAUGGAGUUGGAGGACAAUAUGAACCCCAUUUUGACUUUGCACGGAAAGAUGAGCCAGAUGCUUUCAGAGAGCUUGGGACAGGAAAUAGAAUUGCUACAUGGCUGUUCUAUAUGAGUGACGUGUCUGCCGGAGGAGCCACUGUGUUUCCUGAAGUGGGGGCUAGUGUUUGGCCCAAAAAAGGCACCGCUGUCUUCUGGUAUAAUCUGUUUGCCAGUGGAGAAGGAGAUUACAGUACACGGCAUGCAGCCUGUCCUGUGCUAGUUGGAAACAAAUGGGUAUCCAACAAAUGGCUGCAUGAACGUGGACAGGAAUUCCGAAGGCCGUGCACCCUGUCAGAACUGGAAUGACAGACCGGCUCCCCUCGCUCCUGUUGUCCUCUAAUGCGCCCGGCACAAUCGCUGAUAACUUUCAGACGUUUACAGCUGACUAACACUCCAUGGUUAACUCGGUCAUGAACCUCGUCCCGUGUUUUGUCUGUGGACAAUCACUUAUUGUAUGGGCUUUUUUGUUUUUUAAUUAACACUCAGUCACCACAUUAUGUAAAAUUUUACAGUUCAUUAUCACAGAGUACAGGACAUUUAAACAACAGAAUUAGGAUUCAUAAUUUUAAAAGAGCUUUUUGGUUUAGAUUAAAAAAACAAAAACAUCCAAUUGUAGAUUUCAGCGCAUCUGCGUAGAUGGUGGUCCCAGCGAGGCUGUGUGUGGGGUGCAGGAGCCUGUCCUCCUGCUCUUCCUUCGCUGGAGUGUGCGCACUCCUAAUAAACUAGGACCCUAGUCUGGGCCCUAAGGGCUUUGCCUCAUCUAUUAGUCCACGUUCCUAUUUCUUAUUAUUUAAAGAAACUGUAUUUUUACCAGAUCUCCCUCCUCAACAGUGGUGAAUUCAAUUGGUUUGAGAAAAUUACUUCGUUCAAAAAGUUCUGCUUAGCAGAACUGCCCUACAACUACAGUGCUCAGACUUUUUCCUCAGUGACUGAUGGUGUCCAGAGACCCUGCCUGUGUUCCUCCUACAGCAGGUGGUGGUGGUGGCAUUCUGAUUAAAUACUGUGCCUUAGGAGACAGGGAGUUACAGGUCCUCGUAAUGACGAGUGAGGGAGUUGAUUUUAAAAAAGUCUUUUAUAAAAAGCCAAAAUGUUUUUUCUUUCUGAAACGUGUUAUAACAGUGACCUAUUUAUGAUCUUAAAUCUUUUUUUAAAAAAAUGUUUCUGUGUGGUAUUUUUCAUGUAAAAUAACACUGCGUACAGGUAUGUUACUCCUUUACUACAUAGAGCUACAGUUUAGUAUUUGGUUAGACUUUUAGUCAAUCAAAACAUGUUACUUUGGAGUCUAGCUUGCCUGGCCCACUUCAGACUUUUAUGAGACACUAACAAAAAGUGUACUUUCUUCAGACACAGUCAUGCUUUGAUUAUGAGUUGUUACAAUAAUGAUACUUACACACUUUCUCUUAUUCAAAAGCCUGGUUGUGGUCUUGAUGUAUAUGAGGGAAUUUUUUUUUCAUUCAGAGCUCUGGCUCUUUCUUUUUAGUUCUCUGGGAAAGUAGGGAUUAAAAUGAACUGUUCCAUCACAAAGAUUUUAACAAAAAAACAAGUUCAGCACUUUAAACUGAUUUUAGGUGCUUUAAAGACAGGAUGGAGCCGGGCAGUGGUGGCACACGCCUUUAAUCCCAGCACUCAGGAGGCAGAGGCAGGCAGAUCUCUGAGUUCGAGGCCAACCUGAUCUUCACAGCAAGUUCCAGGACAGGCUCCAAAGCUAUAGAGAAACCUUAUCUUGAAAACAAAAACAGGAUGGGUAUGGUGGUCCACAUCUUUGGUUUCAGCACUUAAGAGAUGCUUCUGCCUUUUCCUCCUAAGUUCAAAAACAGCAUGGUCUACAUAGUAAGUUCUAGGUCAGCCAGGGCUACAUUGAGAGAUCUUACCUCAAAAACAAACAGAACAACUUCUUUUAGGCCAGUGGUGUAGUUCAAACAUAGAGUAACACGUGUGAGCCCUUGGGUCCCAUUCCGCUACUAAAACCCCACACUGGUUAACAUGGAAGCAACAAGUAAAAUAGGGAUUUCAAGGCCAGAAAAUAGGUUUGUCACGAAGUGUUAGCAACCAGAUGAUAAAUUAGGGAGACAACAAUAUAUACAUCUUCUAUAAGAACUUUAUAAGCUAUGUGUGGCCUGCCCCUGCCUGAUGUUCCCAUGAGAACAUCUGGUGGUUAGUGCCAUUUGCAGUCUCAGGUGACUGGGGCCAGUGGCUGCUCCCCACCUGGAAAACCACAGGGUUCAUGAGGAAAAGGGGCAAAUAGUUGAAACCAGGAAUGGCCUGUACACACGUGGAGAGACGCUCAGCCUCGCUGCUCCUUUAAGGAAGUCGGCAGUGUUACAGGAUUCCUGUCAGGAAAAGAAAGUGUCGUCGAGGAUGUGUAAAGAUUGUUAUUAUGUAAAAGUUCUUCAGAACCUGUGGAAUUUGUUUCUGGGUAGGAAAUGAAGGCAAAGAGUUGACGUGUUUAUACCCGGGCUCAUGACAGGAUCGUUUGUAGUCACCGUAAAAUGGAAGCAACCUAAGUACAGAAAUAAAUGAGUGGGGGAAAGGUGGCAUAUACAUUAGGAACAUAUUCAAGCCAGAAAAGGAAAUUCCAACACACGCUCAACAUAGUUGAAGCUUGGCGAAAUAAGCCACACAGAUGCUCUCAGCCACUCACGUGAUACCUAGAGUAAUCGAAUGCCGGGGAUGUACGUGGUUGUCUGGGUGGAGAGGAGACACUUGGGACUUAGUAUUUAUUGGGUGUUUUGCCAAGAAUAUACACUUAAUGUGAUCUAAAUAUACUCUUCGAUUUUAGACUUAUUUUGUAUGCAUGAGUGUUUUGCCUGUAUGUAUGUAUGUGUACUACAUGUGAACUUGGUGUCCUCAGAGAUCAGGCAAGGCCAUCGGACCUUCUAGAACCAGUGGUGGUUGUUUGGUAACCAUCAUGUAGGUGCUGGAG